AUGGACGCCGAGCUAGAUGCCGAGCCUCCUUGCCUUGCAGAUCUCAAUGACGACCUGUUGCGGAAGAUUGCCUGUCGGCUUGCCGAGUCUGACCUGGCUUCCGCCGUCGCCCUCAAACGAUGCAGCAGCCGCUUCAAGGACCUCGCCACCCCGCUGGUGGCAAACGCCGUUUCAAGGAUAAACACGAAGUGGCGGGAUGCGGCAGACAAAAUCGGCAUGAAGGGCGCUGCUCGGAUCAGAGGCGGACUCGAGCGCAACGAGGUGCUGACCACCCUCGCGCUCCCGCACAACAACAUCGGCGCGGAGGGCGCAGCCGCGAUCGCGGAGGCGCUACGCGGCAACGCGGUGCUGACCACCCUCGACCUGAGCGGCAACGAGAUAUGCGGCAUUGACGAGGACGGUGAUGGUGCGUACGAUGCGUCCGGCAUCGUUGCGCUCGCGGACGCCCUCAAGGUCAACGGGGUGCUGACCAAUCUCGUGCUCCGGAGGAACAACAUUGGCGCCGAGGGUGCCAAGGCGCUAGCAUCCGCUCUUCGCGUCAACGGGGUCCUGACCAACCUCGUGCUCUGGGGCGACAACAUCGGCAACGAGGGCGCCGCUGCGCUGGCCUCCGCUCUUCGCGUCAACGAGGUGCUGACCACCCUCAACCUCGCCAACAACCAGAUCCGCGACCAGGGCGCCGCUGCGAUCGCGGAAGCGCUGCGCGGCAACGGGGUGGUGACUGAGCUAGACAUCUCCUGGAACCAGAUCGGCUACAAGUACAACAAUAUCGGCCCCAUGGGUGCCACCGCGAUCGCCGACGCCCUUCGCGUCAACGGGGUGCUGAAACGCAUCAACCUCGAGUACAACAAGUUGGGCGACGAGGGGAAGGGAGCGAUUUGGGAUGCGGUGAGCGGGCGGGUAGGGUUCGAGCUCAGGAUAUGA